AUCUCUGCUAGCCUUUCCUCAAUUCUCGAUCCGACUGACAAAUCCUUUGGCUCCCAAAGGUCCAUAUUCACCGCAAAGCAACGGGAGUAUGUAAAUGCGUAUUUUGAUAAAAGGCUUGUAAUCAAAAACCAUGUACUUGAUGAUGAGAUUCCCAAUACAAUCAGGAUUGUUCAGAAUAUACUGAACCUAUCAGCUGACUAUGAAUGUGCCAUUGAAUACGUAAACAAAUUGAAGCAAAAGUACAGCAAGUCA